AGAACCUCCUCGGAUCGAAUCGUUAAUCAAGAAAGACUCUCUUCUUGACAAAUUCAUCCCAUUGGGUUGUGCCUAUCGAUCUGUCACUGACACCGUCAUCGUCGUCUUCACAACAACAAUGUCGAUGUUGUCAAUGGACGGUAUCGUCGCAGGAGGCGGAAGCAGCAGUGGUGGCGGAGAACGAAGUUUCGUAUUAGAGCAAAAGAUGUUCAAUACGGGCCCACAGAACAAAGCUUUACCAACGGUCCAGAGCAGCGGUUCAUCAUCGAAUCACGCUCCGAUCGUCGGCGAGUCUCCACUCGGCACUGUGAGCAGCACAAUGGCUACCGGUGAUACGGGUCGUGUUGGAAACGUGACCUAUAUGAGUUCCGGAAUGCUCGGUGCAACACAGUUUAUGCCACAAAAUUCAAGUCAUCCAUCAACGUCUGUAAUGAUGCAACAGGUACCACCACAAAACGGUGGUGCAACACGUUCAUCACCAACUGAGAUGCAACAGUGUAUGCAGGCAAUGUCAGAAGACUCGAUAGAAAUGCGGGAUUAUAAUUCUGGAGUUCAUCAUAUGCAUCCUCAUCAAAUGCAAAUGCAACAGCAGCAGCAACAUCAUCAGCAGCAAUACAAUAUGUCGUAUCAUAAUCAUCAACAACAAAUGCAGCAGAUGCAUUACCACCAGCAGCAACAGCAAUAUCAGCAGCAGCAGGCUCAACAUCAUCAGAUGUAUGCUCCACAAAUUCAGCAACAGCAACAGCAGCCCCAGCAACAGUCACAACAACAGUCUGCCCAACAGCCCCAACAGUCAUCGGCUGCGUUACAACAUGUGAAUGAGUCGAGCAAUCUCUCGUCGGCUGGUAGUAUUUCGGAUCGUGAACCAGAGCAACACGGUGGUACCCCUCAACGACCGACAGCGCCACAGUCGUCGACAGCCACUGACAAGAAAACCAGAAAGCGACGAAAAGCUGGUCCAACUGAAGAUCAGGCAACUCCGAAACAAGAAAGGAAAAUCACAGAAUUCAUGAAAGUUGGAGGAGAGGUUGCAAGUGGAAAUAGUGUUGCACGAUGUCUAUUGACGGAAUAUCAUCAAAAUCAAGGAUCACCGAAGAGGCAGCCAGCUGUACAGCAGAAUGGAUCUAACAGUUACGAUUCACAGCAGCAGCAACCACAAAUGAAUCAGCAUGAAAUGCAAAACUCAUAUUGGGGAGUUGCUACACCGUCAUUGGGUGUUAAUAAUCGUGGAACCCCGACUCCAACUCAACAACAACAUUAUUCAUCGGAUUCAAACUCAAACUCGAAUCAAUCACCACCUGGUCAGGGAAAUCAAUCAGGAAGGAUGGUGAGAACAAUCGAUGAAGAGACUCAGACGGAUUCUUCGCUAUCUCAGGCUAAUCCUCAAAAUGCUGAUGAAGUCGCCAAAAUGAAUAGAAUCAUUGAAGACCAUCGUCGCCAAAUCGAAGAGUUGAACUCGAAGAAUAGUUUGGAACGAAGAAAGAAUGAAGCUUCGAAAGAAACAAUCAAGCGAUUACUUAUCGAUAAGAAUCAGAUCGAACGAAAAGCCCUUCGCGACAAAACGGCUGCCGAUUCACCUCGAAUUGGAUGUUUCAAAACUACUCGAACUGGUGAUUCAUUCCGUGAUCAAUGGGUUGAUGGGUGGGCGUUUGCCGAAAUGGAUAAGAAAACUGAACAGAUCAAUGCUGAAAGAAAUGAAAUUGCAAGUGCUUCUGCCUUGUUGAAAAAACGAAAGCCUCUUGGAAUCGGUAAAGAACCUAAACGCCCACAGGCAGUCAAUUCUCAAAAUGACUCCAACGGUAUGCAGCCAUCAACAAGUUCCAAUACGAAUGGAGACGAUGCGAUCUUCAGACGACCUGAAGAACCGAAAGAAAUCCAGUACCAAGAGUACAUUGAGCUCGAUGAAAUCUAUAAACUGCGCAGGGAGCACUUGAGAAAAGAAGAAACUGAUCUCUCCAUGGAGAAAGAAAGAUUGGAAAAGGAGAAGCAGCAUCAUGUGAGAGAGCUGAAACGAGCUUCGAAUGAAAGUGCGUCACAGUUCAAUGAUCAUCGACUCUUGCAUAAAAGAUACCUCAUGCUGAACUUGCUCGGUAAGGGUGGAUUCAGUGAGGUCUGGAAGGCGUUCGACAUUGAAGAGAACCGGUAUGUCGCAUGCAAGAUCCAUCAUGUUAACAAAGACUGGAAGGAGGAGAAGAAGGCGAACUACGUCAAGCACGCGAUGCGUGAAAAAGACAUCCACAAGUCAUUGGAUCAUUGCCGAAUUGUGAAGCAAUACGAUCUGCUCACAAUCGACAAUCACUCGUUCUGCACGGUUCUCGAAUAUGUGCCGGGCAACGACCUCGAUUUCUACCUCAAGCAGAACAGGUCGAUCAGUGAGAAGGAGGCUCGAAGCAUUAUUAUGCAAGUUGUUUCUGCUCUUGUCUAUCUGAAUGAAAAGAGCACUCCCAUCAUUCAUUAUGAUCUAAAGCCUGCGAAUAUUCUUCUCGAGUCAGGAAACACCAGCGGUGCAAUCAAGAUCACCGACUUUGGGCUGUCGAAAAUCAUGGAGGGAGAGAGUGACGAUCAUGACUUGGGAAUCGAGCUCACCUCACAGUUCGCUGGAACUUAUUGGUAUCUUCCACCUGAGACCUUCAUCGUUCCACCACCAAAGAUCACUUGUAAAGUCGAUGUCUGGAGUAUUGGAGUCAUCUUCUAUCAAUGUAUCUAUGGAAAGAAGCCGUUCGGAAAUGAUCUGACUCAACAAAAGAUCCUCGAAUACAAUACGAUUAUUAAUGCAAGAGAAGUGUCAUUCCCAAGCAAGCCUCAGGUGAGCUCCGCUGCUCAAGAUUUCAUAAGAAGAUGCCUGCAGUACAGGAAAGAAGACAGAGCAGAUGUUUUCGAGCUGGCGAAGCAUGAGCUUUUCAGACCAAGAGGAGCGAUAAGAGCCUCCGUUGCCGGAUCCGUAAGUUCUCCAAGCAUUCCACGCAGUCCAUCAGUGAAUCGUGAAGAUGACAAUAUGUAAUGACGUCACACCAUUUCAUAAACUUUCAUGUUAUCCAUCUGACGGGUCUGCUUCUGAUUUCUGUGCUUCAUGUUUCACGUUGCCGCAUCAUCAUCAUCAUUUACUGUAUUGUUCACCAGGCCUUUGCUUUCUUUCCAGUCAUCACAUUCUUACCCAUUUUGAAUUCCGUUAACUAACGGGUUUCUUUGUUAACACCAUACGUGCUAUUUCCACUUUUUUAGUUGUUGUGAGAUUUCCACUCACUUUCUCACAUUUUCAAAGCCCAUGCCGUAGUCGUUUCCAGUGUACACUUUCAAAAAUCUUAUCCCCCAUUUUUCCACUAUGGAAAUUGUUUCAUUCAUUGUUUGAAAUAUCUUAUUCAUCAUAACUCUUUUUCACUCAACAGGUCCCGUUUUCAGCUCUUACUUGUAAUAAUCACGUUGUGUCAACAUUCGAACAGAUCCGAAGACCGUUUGUGUGUGAGCAACGUCUAAUUGUACCAAUCCAAUUUUUGGAUUCGUUGGUUCCAACAAAUCGACAUGACAUAUCCCACCCAGAUCCCGCGAUACAUUCUUUUCUUCCUCAAUCGUCUCUCUCUUCACACUUUUCGUUCCCCUUCCAUUUUUUUGUUGAUUUGUUUCUCUUUUUGUAAUAAUAAUGUAUCGGACGUCGUCGCCCUCCCCAAUCCCCUUUCUUUAUUUAUAAGACGCUUCUAGCAAUAUAUCUGGAGUCAUCCUUCUACUCUUGCUUCCCCCCACCACCACCAUCUAUUCACAUCCUCGUUUCACCAAUUUCCUUCAGUUGUACAUUUGUUUAGUAAAAGGACUGCUUACAAUGUAUUGAAACGCGUUGAAAGGUAUAAAUUUUGGGAGGUUUU